AUGACAUACAUCACAUCCUCAUGUAUUGAUUCAAUGCCUUUUGUGAGCAACACCACAGGAAAGACUAAGUGCUUGGUUAAGCCUGCUGCUUCAAAUACUAACGUCAUAAAGCUUUUAGAUUCUGCCCCAUCCAGCUUGAGGUAUGUCUCCAUGCAAGUUGUUCAGGUUCAAGUUCAAUGCGACAAGAUCCUUAGAUUGCUUUUUGCUGUCAUGUUGUGGCACAAAAGAGAAGAAAUGGAUCCAGACAGAGAGUUUCCAUCUAAAUUCAAAAGAACCACAUUUGAUGAUAAUCUAGGGAAGCCACCUCUCAGGUUAUUGGAAGUCAACCAAGCAGGAGGUUAG